AUGUCGGAGAGCGAUGAGGAAUACUAUCAUGUGCCACCGAAAGACCAGCGAUACUUUGGUGCCGGCAUCAAACGACAGCGCGUCCAUUUCGUCCCUUCCUCUACCUCUGAAUCAAACACCCAUGCCGGCGCAUCCACUCCAUCGACCCUCUCGGCCAGCGAACGCUAUCUCCAAAUCGUCCUGAACAAAGCCACUUCUGAGCCACCGCCGUCUUCUGAAUCUUCAGCUCCCAGGACUUGCGACGUCUGCAAAGUGCAAUAUCAAGGCGACGAAGCAGCGCAUUGUAGCUCGCUGGUCCACCAGAUCGCCCUCCCACAUUCACACCCUCCUUCUGCUCUCGACAGGAACCGCAAGGGUCUCAGCAUGCUUCAGUCCUACGGCUGGAAUCCCGACGAGCGACUUGGUCUUGGUGCGCAAAGAGAAGGCAUACUACAUCCCGUCAAGGCCAAAGAGAAGCGUGAUACCGUUGGCCUGGGCGUCAAUCUCAACAAUGAUGAACCGACCCUGAAGAAGAAGAGGAAGACUCGAGACAAGCCGAAACCGCUUGAGAGACUGGAUGCUGGAAAGAUCAGGAAACUGGAGCAGAACAACAAGAAGAAGCAUGACCGACUGCAGAGUCUGUUCUACUCUAAUGAUGAGGUCGACAAGUAUCUCGGUGCUGGAUGA